AUGGCGACCACAAACACGCCGUUCGAUCCCUUCGCUGCCAUGCAGGACAAGCAACAGCCCCAGCAGCAGGAGUACCGCGAGAACCUCAACUCGCGCGUCAUGUGCCCCGACUGCAAGGAGGACCCGCCGAACUUGACUGAGGAGUUCUCCAGCGGCGAUCUCGUGUGCGCCAGCUGCGGCCUGGUCCUCGGUGACCGCAUUAUCGAUACGCGAUCCGAGUGGCGUACGUUCGCCAACGAUGAGAACAACGACGACCCUUCGCGUGUCGGUGACGCCAUGAACCCUCUGCUCAACGGCUCCCAGCUCGAGACCAGCAUCGCAUUCGGCGAGGGCGGCCGUGCGAGAGAGCUCCAUAGAGCACAGAACCGGUCGCAGCUGGACAAGGCAACGAAGGGCCUGCUCGCGGCUUAUGGUGAUAUCAGCUCGCUCUGCGACGCCGUCCACAUUCCCAAGACCGUGCAAGAGAGCGCCAAGCACAUCUACAAGAUGACGGACGAUGCCAAGCUCUUCAAGGGAAAGUCGCAGGAGUCCAUCAUCGCAGGCUGCAUCUUCAUUGCCUGUCGUCAAGCACGACUGGGUCGCACAUUCAAGGAGAUCCAUGGCUUGACCAACGUCUCCAAGAAAGAGAUCGGCCGGACCUUCAAGCAGUUGGAGAAGUUCUUGAUGACCCAGCGAGAGAAUGAUGCCGCCAACGCGUCGCUCUACUCCCUUGACACUUAUGAGAACACCAACUCCACUGGCGCCGAGGAGCUGUGUGGUCGCUACUGCAGUCAGCUCAACUUCCGCAACCCCCACCAGGUUGAAAAGUAUUCGAAGCUCCUGGCCGCGAAGAGUUCCACUGUCAAAGAUCUGGCUGGACGAUCUCCUCUUUCCGUUGCUGCUGCCUGCAUCUACAUGAUCUGCCACUUGUUGGAAGAUCCCCGCCCCUCGCGUGAUAUUGCCAGUGCAGCGGGCGUGAGUGAUGGAACCAUCAAGACCGCGUACAAGUUCCUCCUUCAGGCGAAGGAUGAUCUCAUCCAGAAGUCUUGGCUGAAGCCGGAUGGCCCCGGCAACAUGGCCAAACUUCCAACCAACUAG